GACUACCCGGAAGUAAACUCAGUGGAGGAGCAUGUUGAAGAUGCUACAGCGUUCAUUCUGACAAAUAAAACGUCUCUCUGUUCAUAAAUAUGGCCUCGAUUAUCAAAGAAACACAGAGCAUAAAGGACGCUGUGGGAUUCAUGAACUCUAUUGACGUGAAUAAGUUCUCCAGGCUGAUCUCACGCAUCAUCCAGAGACUCCACCUGAAGGGAGAGAGGACCUUCAGUGAAGAAGAGGAGCAGAAGCUAGAAUCGGCUUUGUCUCUCGAUAAACAAGCCCUGAGCCUUGUUUUGGAAACCUCUGCCUUCAUUUUGGAACAGUCUGUGUACCAUAAUGUGAAGCCAUCAUCUCUACAGCAGCAGUUGGAAUCAGUUAAUUUAAACCAGGACAAAGCUGAAGUCUUCGCUCAGACCUGGGCCAGUGCUGGACCUGAGCUGGUGGAAAAACUAAAGCAAAACAUCUUUGCACCCAAGAAGCUGGAAUACGUGGGGUGGCAGUUGAAUUUGCUCAUGGCCCAGUCCAGCCAGUCCAAGAUGAAGUCCCCCAGUGCAGUACUCCAGCUCGGGCUCCGCAGUGAAGACUCAGAGGCUCAGGAAAACGUCUUUGUAGAGUUCAACCACCAGGAGCUACUUGAGUUCUAUAACAAGCUUGAAACUGUCCAAGGCCAGUUGGAUUCUCUGACAUGAAGUGGGAUCAUCUUUGUACCACUCACAUAUAAAUGCUGUUUAGCUGGAAGUCGAAACAGCUGCUCCAACAAUGCCAUUCUAUUUCAGAUUCAGGACAGAGAAAUUGUAACCGAAUGUGAAUACUUGUCUUUCAUUGUAUAUUUCCACCAUGUUGUCAAAAUGGUGAGUAAUGCUAAAUGUGUUUUUCUGUCUAUAAGAUGUAAACCCAUUAAUACAUAACUAAACUUUGUAACGAUCUAGUUUCAAAAGGAUUAUCACAAGAGAUUUUGCCUGAACAAUGAUGGCAAAUGCCAACUGCUACAUACAUGACUGACUGAUUGAUUGAUUGAUUGAACCUUUGCCUUAACAGUACCAGCAUGUAGGGGAUAAUAUAGGCCUACUAUGAUAACAAGGCAAAUGCAACUACUCCACAACCCAGUCAGACUUUCUUCAGCAAAGCAAAGCCUUCCAAUACUGUACAAGUGAUUUUGUAUUUUCAUAUUUACUUUUACAUAUUAUCAUUCUUUUUAGCAGCAGUUUACGUUAGGUAACACUUCACAAUAACUGCACUUAUAAUAACCUUAUUAAAGUAUAAACAAAGACUUAAUUCCUAAUGAAAAAGUGAUUCAGGCUACAUAAUUAAUACCCCAACCAAAGACUAUAUAAGGAAGUGGAUUAAGGCCGUGUGACGUCACCCAUAACGUCAUAGGCUCCAGUCAAAUGAAGCUCGUCGAUACUAGCAGUUACAGGAGCCGAGUUGUAUAUUAGGAGUUCUGACAGCGAGUAUCAUAGCAACCAAAGAGCCAAUCCGGAGCGAGACUGUUGAAGGCAACGCCCCUUCCUUCCCACACCACUGGUUUAGCAGGAAGCGGGUGCAGUCAAACCAGUUGCUAAGGUUAGCGGGAGCGACCUCGGGCAAAGAAGGCGCCUGAUUUGUCUGUUGCUAAUGUUCAGAUCUUGAUUUACGGACAAAAUAGCUAAAUAAAAAUACCAGGAGCAUGUAGAGUGGGUUAAUAUGAACAUUUGAAGACCAAAAUAACCUGACAGCAGCAGUUACAGAGGGAGGGGUGACAGAUUUUCAAUAGAAAGUGAAUUGGAGUCGAUGGAGCGGAGGCAGACUCACUUCUUAUGUGGAACAAGCAGCUACCGGGUUAGCUAUGUUCAUUUAUAUAUACAGUUUAUGACUCUAACUCUUUUAUUAGUUGCUAACCCUGAAUGAUUGUUGAUACCGAAUUUCUUCAUUAUGACUGAAGUCUUAGUUCAUGCUUUAAUAAGGCUCAUUUAGGUGUAGUUUUUUAAAAUAAUAGAUAUUAACUAGAUAACUUUUUUUUUUUUUUUUUUACCAUGUUUAGUUUCACUUUCUAUUGCUCUAUGAAUAUGUACAUUUGUAGCUAAAAAUAACUUGAACCAUGUCAAUAUAGUGAAGACAUGAACAAUGCAGCUGAGUUCAUUGCAUUGAAAAAAUAAAAAUAACAAUAAAACUGGAAUAAGUGAAGUAUCCUCCCAAUCUGUU